AUGGUCGUCACCAAUUCACGAGCGCCCUCACCCGGAGAGAGGAUGCUCGUCGACCGAUCCAAACCUCGACGAAUGAAGUCGAAGCCCGCACUAGCGCCGACCGUCGAUUCUUCCUUACCAGGGCAAGCCAUUCGCCAGUUCGAAAGAAGUCUCGUCAAGGCGCCGAAGCCAGCGCAGGAGAUGCGGGUCAAGUCUACGCACAAGGAUCCCUCGGAUGCCCUUGCAGUUGAAGAUUCCACCUCUCCCACAUUUGGCGGGCCGCUUGCUCAGGCGGAGUUCGAUCGCCUACGAGCGGAGGUAGAGAAGUACAAACAACAACUCGGUAGCGCUAGGAAGACGGCUAUCCACCAGGCGAAGUUAAUGAUCGAGUUAGAGAACAGGCUUUCCGCUGUCAACAAGAUCAGAAAGGAGAACCACCAACGUAUAGAGAACCUCAAAGCGAAGUCGAAACAAAGUGACGAAUUGAUCGCGACGAUUGAGCAGAGCUGCCAGUGUCAGAUCUGCAUGGAGCCGCUGAUGCAACCAUAUGCGAAUCCCUGUGGUCACGUUUUCUGUCAAACAUGCCUGCAAGGCUGGUUCCGCAAUGCCCCGAAGGCCCAAGACGAGAUGCAGUUAGACGAAGACGAUGAUUUAGUAUACAGGCGAAAGACAUGUCCGACAUGCAGGGCCAUUGUCCGCAAUCGCCCCAGCCCCUUGUUCCUCAUGAAAUCCAUCACUCAAGCCAUCACGAGGUUCAAAUCGCCUGUGGGUCAGGCUAAACAGCGCAGCCCGCCGCCUCCGGAAGGCGAUCCAUGGGAAGGUAUCUUCCGCCCGUCUGACGCAAGCUCCGAAGAGGACUACGACGAGGAUGACGUGGACGACGAGGAUACGGAACUGUUCGGUUCUGAGGAUGAUGAAGACGAAGAGGGUUGGGACGUCCAAUACGGGUAUGGCACGGGUUCGGACGAAGAUCCGUACGAGGGUGAAUAUAUCCCAGCGCGUUGGGCCCCGCCGAGCGUGCUUCUCGACGGCGACCUAUAUGACUUGGACAACUAUGCGCCGGAAGAACUUACGAUACUUCGGCGGGGUGGGACACAAGCUAUGCGCGAGUUGUUCAACCUUAAAUACACUCAUGAAGAAGGGCUCAGCAUCGUUUCGGAGGGUAAUACCUUCUACCUUGGUUGGAACAUCUCAUUGCAUCCAGAAGAUGAAAGCGGUGCGGAUUACGUCGACUGGGUUAUCGACGACAUUGGCGAGCGACCGGAGAGAUGGCGCGUUGUGUAUCAUCCCAACGGAACAUUCACGGCUUACCGCCUGGUUCGAGAGGACGAGACCGAGGACGAGUAUGAGACAACCGACUCAGAGGCAUACCUCGAAGACAUGAUUUGA